AUGGCAUUCACGGAGCUCUUGGAGCGAGCUGGGGGCAUGGGCCUCUUCCAGACCCUGCAGGUCAUCACUCUCCUCCUCCCCACCGUCUGCAUACCCGCCCAAAUGCUCCUGGACAACUUCUCAGCUGCCACCCCGGGCCACCGCUGCCGCGCCCACAUGCUGGACAAUGGCUCGGAGGCCCUCACGAACCUCACAGCCCAGGCCCUCCUGGUCAUCUCCAUCCCACUGGGCCCCAACCAUGAGCCUCACCAGUGUCGCCGCUUCCGCCAACCUCAGUGGCAGCUCCUGGAGCCCAACGCCACGGCCACCAACUGGAGCGAGGCUGCCACGGAGCCGUGCAGGGAUGGCUGGGUCUAUGACCGCAGCACCUUCACCUCCACCGUCGUGGCCGAGUGGGGCCUGGUGUGCAACAACCAGGGCCUGAAGCCUAUGGGCCAGGCUGUCUUCUUGGUAGGAAACCUGCUGGGGUCCUGCGCCUGGGGCCUCCUCUCCUACUGGAUUGGGCGGAAGUCGAUGCUGAGCUGGUGCUGCCUGCAGGUGGCCGUGGCCAACACCAGCACCAUCUUUGCCCCCAAUUUCCUCGUCUUUUGUGGCCUCCGAUUUCUGAGCGCCUUUGGAUUGGCCGGCAUCAUCCUGACCUCGACAACGCUCCUGGUGGAGUGGACCAUGACCCACCGGAGGGCUCUCACCAUGACGGUUCUGGGGUGCACCUACUGCGCAGGCCAGAUGGUCCUGGGGGGUGUGGCCUUCGCCCUGCGGGACUGGCGAGACCUCCAUCUGGCUGUAUCGACGCCCUUCUUUGCCAUCUUCCUGAUAUCCUGGUGGCUGCCGGAAUCUGCACGAUGGCUAAUUAUCACUGGCAAACCAGACCAAGCACUUCAGGAACUCAAAAAGGUAGCCAGGAUAAAUGGCCACAAGGAAGCCAAAAAGACACUGACCUUAGAGGUGCUGAUGUCCAGUAUGGAGGAGGAGGUGGCCUCUGCAAAGUCCCACCAGUCGCAGCUGGACCUGUUCCGCCAGCCCAUACUCCGCCGGAGAAGCUGGUGUAUGUUAAUAGUCAGCUUCUCCCACAUGAUGUCCUACUUCGGGCUGAUCUUAGACCUGCAGAACCUGGGGAGUGACAUCUACCUCCUCCAGGUCCUCUUCGGAGCUGUGGACUUCCUGGCCCGGGCCACCAGCAACUUCUUGCUCAGGUUCUUUGGCCGCCGUGUGGUCCUGGCCAGCUCCCAGGCCAUGGGGGGCCUCUCCAUCCUGGCCAACGUGCUGGUUCCACAAGACUUGCAGGCCCUGCGCGUAGUCUUCGCCGUCCUGGGAAAGGGAUGUUUUGGUAUAACCUUAAACUGCUUCUCCGUCUACAAGUCUGAACUCUUCCCAACCUCACUACGGAUGACAGCAGAUGGCUUCCUGCUGUCAGUAGGUCGGCUGGGGGCUGUGAUGGGUCCCUUGAUCAUGAUGACCCGCCAGGCCCUGCCCCUGCUGCCCCCCAUCUGCUUCGGUGUCACCCCCAUCGUUUCCAGCCUUGUCCUGCUCUUCCUCCCGGAGACGCAGGGACUUCCACUCCCUGACACCAUCCAGGACCUGGAGAACCAGAGAUCGGGAGCAGCCAGGGGCAGCCAGCGAGAGGUGAUCAUUACAGAAAGCACCUGGUUCUAG